CCAAUGGACGUGCGCGUUGUUGAAGAGCGACUGAGAUGCGCGAGUGGGUGACCAUCUGAAGGAGCGAAGGAAAAAAAAAAAAGGGAAAGUCCGGAUAGGAGCUAAAAGGGUGGUUUGUUUUUGAAGCUUCCUUCACCAUGAGCUCCAUCGGCACCGGGAAGACUGGAUAAAAAUACUGUUUAUUAAUCAACAACAGUUAUGAUUCGAUAAGCAAGAUGGUGUAAAUCUGCCCAAGAAUCCCCAAGAAUCAGUAUGAUCUGUCAGCCUCCACAUUUUCUCCAGAUGGCAGAGUAUUUCAAGUAGAGUAUGCUAUGAAAGCUGUAGAAAACAGCAGUACAGCAAUUGGGAUACGAUGUAAAGAUGGUGUUGUCUUUGGAGUAGAAAAAUUAGUUCUAUCCAAACUGUAUGAGGAAGGAUCUAAUAAACGUUUAUUUAAUGUUGAUCGACAUGUGGGAAUGGCAGUAGCAGGACUUCUCGCUGAUGCCCGAUCUUUGGCUGACAUAGCAAGAGAAGAAGCUUCUAACUUUAGAUCCAACUACGGUUAUAAUAUUCCAUUAAAACAUCUUGCAGAUAGAGUGGCUAUGUAUGUACAUGCCUAUACUUUAUAUAGUGCUGUAAGACCUUUUGGCUGCAGCUUCAUGUUAGGUUCCUAUGAUGAUGAUGAUGGUGCUCAGCUUUACAUGAUAGAUCCAUCAGGCGUUUCAUAUGGUUACUGGGGAUGUGCUAUUGGUAAAGCAAGACAGGCUGCAAAGACAGAGAUUGAAAAGCUUCAGAUGAAAGAAAUGACGUGCCGUGAUGCUGUUAAAGAAGUUGCAAAAAUAAUCUACAUAGUCCAUGAUGAAGUAAAAGAUAAAGCCUUUGAACUUGAACUAAGUUGGGUUGGAGAAAUAACUAAAGGAAAACAUGAAAUUGUGCCCAAAGAUGUUAAAGAAGAAGCAGAGAAAUAUGCUAAGGAGUCUUUGAAAGAAGAGGAUGAAUCGGAUGAUGAAAACAUGUAACAUUUUUACUUGAAUUCAUUUUGUAAUCUGUACUACAGGCCUGCUUAUGUAUUUUCCAUUAUGUAUGUGCUAGACAAUAUUUUAAUUACCAACUUGCACUAAACCAUUUUCCAAUUAC